CGCCUGCGUGUGGCCGCGGUUGCGCGUCGACCAUGGCGGUUACCGACGGAUUGCUUCUCCACCUUUCCGAGCCCCCAGCCGCCGCCGCCGCCUUCAGGACGUUCUCCAGACCCCGCGUGGCCCAGGCGAGGCGGCAAGCACAGGCCACCAAAAGGAAGUACCAAGCAUCCAGCGAGGUUCCCUCAGCGAAGCGGAGGAGCAGGGCAUCCUCUCUGCCCGCUAAGAAAACCACCGCGGAAGGAGUGCAGAGGGCUCCCGAGGGGAGGGCGCAGACGGCGUCUUCCCCGCGGAGGUCUUCGGCCGGCGGCAGGGGUAGGAACCAAGAGCAGAAGCCAUGCGUUAAGACCUCCUCGUUGUUUAAAAACAACCCCGAGAUUCCAGAACUCCACAGACCCGUCGUACAGAAGGUGCAAGAAAAGGUGUUCUCUUCAGGUGCUUUUCAUGACCUGGACCUCCACCCUCAUUUGAUUUCCACAAUAAACACAGUCUUAAACAUGUUCAACAUGACCAGUGUUCAGAUGCACAGCAUUCCCGUGCUGCUGGAAGGCAGAGAUGCCCUCGUGAGAUCGCAGACCGGCUCAGGUAAAACUCUUGCCUAUUGCAUCCCUGUGGUCCAGUCCCUUCAAGCAAUGAAAACGAAAAUACAGCGCAGUGACGGCCCCUAUGCUCUGGUGCUGGUGCCCACGAGAGAGCUGGCUCUACAAAGCUUUGACAUCUUCCAGAAACUUCUCAAGCCGUUCACUUGGAUUGUGCCCGGAGUGCUCAUGGGAGGCGAGAAGAGAAAAUCGGAAAAAGCCAGACUCCGCAAGGGAAUAAAUAUCCUUAUCUCAACUCCGGGGCGACUGGUGGAUCACAUCAAAUCCACAAAGAACAUUCAUUUUAGCCGGGUACAGUGGCUGAUUGUGGAUGAAGCCGACAGAAUCUUGGAUUUGGGUUUUGAGAAGGAUAUCACAGUGAUACUCAAUGCAGUCAAUGCCGAGUGUCAGAAGCGACAGAACGUCUUGCUGUCGGCGACACUCACGGAAGGGGUGGCCCAGCUCGCCGAUAUCAGUUUACUCAACCCAGUCAGUAUUUCUGUCCUGGAAGAAGGCUACGGACAGGCUAACCCACAGGGCGGAGGAGCUCUUGAAGUCUCCGCUCCACAAACCAGCGACGAGUUGGACAGCUUCGCGAUACCGGAGGGUCUCGAUCAGCACGUGACCUUGGUUCCCAGCAAACUGAGGCUGGUCUCCCUGGCGGCCUUCAUCCUGCAGAAGUGCGCGUUCGCAGCCGACCAGAAGAUGAUCGUCUUUUUCCCGAGCUGCGAGCUGGUGGAGUUCCACUACACGCUCUUCGUCCAGACCCUGCUGCCCCGCCCGGGAGCCCCGGCCGCGGCGCCCUUACCAUCCGGCUCCACGCAGUUGAAGUUCCUGCGGCUGCACGGGGGUCUGGAGCAGGAGGACAGAAUAGCCGUGUUUCAAGAAUUCUCCCAUUCCAGAACGGGCGUUCUCCUUUGCACGGACGUUGCGGCUCGGGGCUUAGAUCUCCCUCAAGUCACGUGGAUUGUUCAGUACAACGCUCCGUCUUCGCCGGCUGAGUACGUCCACCGGGUUGGGAGAACUGCCCGCAUUGGCUGCCGGGGGAGCAGCCUGCUCAUUUUGGCUCCUUCGGAGGCAGAAUAUGUCAACUCGUUGGCUUCUCACAAAAUCAAUGUUUCCGAGAUUAAGAUGGAAGAUAUUUUGUCUGUUCUGACAAGGGAUGAUUGUUUUCCGGGGAAGCAGUGGGGAAAGCAGAAACCCCGUGCCUUGAGCCCCCAGGGGAUCCGAGAGCGAGCCACGGUCUUGCAGACGGUGUUUGAAGAUUACGUGCACUCCAGUGAGCAGACGGUCUCCUGGGCAAAGAAAGCCCUGCAGUCCUUCAUCCGUGCCUACACCACCUACCCCCGAGAGCUGAAGCACAUCUUCCACGUUCGGUUGCUGCACCUUGGGCACGUGGCUAAGAGCUUCGGGCUAAGAGAUGCGCCCCAGAAUCUUAGCGUCUCGGCCGUAAAAAAGAAAAAAGCCGCCCCGAAAAGGCCUGACCUUCGGAAGAAGACCCAGAGUAAGCAGCGCCUUGCUGAAAUCUUGCGUUCCGAAUACGCAAGCGGGAUGGAGGCUGGCAUGGCCAAGGUCAGAAAGCAGAGCAAACAGGCCGACCAGGCAGCCGGCCGAGCGGCACGUCCGAGACCCGAGCCCGGCCUGGGCCGUGGGAAAAAGCAAAAGAAAAAACGCUCUCCGUGAAGGAGAGAAACCCAGAAAGGCUUACGAGGGACGAGACUCCCCAGAAAGUUGCUCUAAACUCUUCCUCCCCAGGACCGGGCCUGUGGCCCUGGUGGCACUGGAUCGAUGUCCCGCUCUCUUUUCAGAGGAGCCUUGGGACACGUACCAGUGCCACCUGUCCCUGAUGACGGGCGUCCCUGCCACAGAGCGGCCACGGCCCCGUCUCCCACGGGGAGGGGUCAGCGGGGCAGGGAGUCAGUGGUUAGCCUGUGUCUUACAGCAGACACCUCACAUCUUGUGUUCAUUCUGUCAGCGCCCACACCUGCUUCACCCGUAGAUCAGAUGGUGCCCCCACGACUUAGUGCCUAAGCCUUGUCCUUACGUCAGCCAGGAGAGGCUGCGACCUGCCUGGUGACACGAUCUGAAGAAAUGUCUGUGUUCCUUUCUCCCGCCCCAUCAGCGCCCAUAUGGGCGUGAAUUUUGUAAAGUAAGAUAUCAAACUCCGGACUUCAAUUUGUCAAAGAAGAAAAUAUUUAUCAGAUCACCUUCUCGAUGUCUAAAUGCUCGUGAGAGAGGAUGGAAGGGGUUCGGGUGUGAGUCCCCGCGGUCAGCCCUCCUGGUUCCCGUCCGGGCUGCCCCCACCUCCAGACCACAUGCGCAGGCAUUGCUGGUGCCCCCCACAUCCACGGAAAACUGAUGCUCAGGACUAAUUGACUUGCUGUCGCCGUUUUAUCAUUCGCCUUUGAAGUCAAAGGCUCCAGUGUCCUGAGCUUUUUCUCUCAUGGAAUCCGGUCCCCUCCAAGAAAGGCCUGAGGUCUUUGUACUGUGGCCCAGGCCACAGCUGCCCCGCCCCCAUUGUGUUUCCUGGGAAGUUUGAAAGGGACCCCCAGGGCGUAUUGAUUUCCCAAUAAAUGUAAGAUUUGGACACGGGUGACCGCAGAGGGUGCGGGGAGGUGGGGGGAGGGGGCGGGGAAAGCCACAGCACCUCUGUCCCGCUGCGGCCUGCCCUCUACUUGCCCCCUGCUCCCAGUGCCCCGUCUUCCUCCUCUGACCCCUGGGUGGGUGUGGAGGCCCCACUUCAGUAGGCUCUCCAGACCCACAUGGGCUAAGUGACCGGGAAGGGAUCCUGAGAGCUGCAAGGUGGGCCAUUCCGUGGGGACCACGGAGGGGUCAGCAUCCUCGCCGCUUUCUCUACCUGGCAAACGCAUGUGGGACGCCCACACCAGGAAGGGCUCCUGGGUGAGGGCCAGCGUGAGCGUGCCAACACCUCGCCUCCCAGAGUCGGCUGUCACAUGCGAACUACUAGCAAUCGUUGGCGAAAUUUGUAGUAAUAAUCAUAAUAAAACCUGCAGCACAUGUCAUGCUGAUUUGGGGCAAA